AUGUCUGGAUCCACUCUACCUUNNUUUUCUCCGGUGACGAGCACCGACCAUCGAGGCUGGCUCUGGAUUACGGUCAUCACCUGCACAAUCAUAUGUCCCCUACUAUUGCUUGGCCGAGGAAUAGUGAGGUAUAGAGAAUAUGGUCUCGAUGACCUUGCUGUCGUUCUUUCUUUUCUGGUCUUUGCAAGCCGAAUCCUUCUUUCUCUCAUCCUUGGAACUUCUAAGUUGUCUGCUUUGCUACUCAUACGUCGCCUCAUGCCAACAAAUUGCGUACGCGCCUAUAUCUGCAACACGGGGAUUGUGCUUGUGAUUGUUUGGGGUGUGAUGGCUAUACUCACCACAAACACAGACUGCUCGCCUAGUCAUACGUUACUAGAAAGUACAGAGAAUAGCUGUCAACACUUCGAUAUCCGAAUCAGCAUCACUAUGGGGUUGAGUUGUGCUACAGAGCUUGGUGUUCUUAGCCUUGCUUUUGCGUUUUUGAAGCACAUGCAAGUGGGAGCACCACNNCAGAGGAAAUGGGUGGUGGUGGCUUUUAUGUUGCGUAUGCCGAACAUCGCACUCAGCAUCGCUUAUCUCGUCAAUUACCUACGUUUCCUCUCCUCCGGCCACUCCAGCAUCUCCUUCAUCCCCGUCGCAAUCCUCCAACAAGUUCUUUGUUGCUACUCCUUUUCGCAUCCGUUUCCACCGCUUUUCUUGCCCUUUACCAUCCCCACUGCCAUCUCUUCAUCACCCUACUCCUCAAACAACUCUAUGAAAACGCUGAGUCGGAGACGCAUGUCUACACCCAUGUCCUUCUUCGGUGACAAGAUUAGGNGCGACAGGGAAGUGUUUUCUCAUCGCGCGAGGGUGUUUGCAGACGUCAAAGGCGUGCAAAGAAGAGAGAGUGAGAGGAAGGUCAGACAGCAGAGACAAAGGGAAAAGGGGCAUGUGAAGAGUGUGGCGAGUCAAGAGAGUUUGAAGGGGAUUGUUAGGGAGGAGACUUUUGAGGUGCAAGUUGUGUAG